GUGUUAUAAAAAUAAAUUAAACAUGUACAACAACCAGUUAUUCAAAAAGUGCUACAAAGUAGUAGUGACCUAAUUCGGAAACAGGAACAUCGCGCUAACAAAAAUGAAAAUACGCGAAUACUCAUUUUACAUGUCAGUGGCUACAAUUUUAAUUAUAGAAACAAUCAACAAAAACAUAGAGGCAAGCCAAAAGAAUCAACAUUCACCUGAAAAAAAACAAGUUAACACACAACCACCCUUAUCUGGACACAGAAACGGAUCAUUGAGUGGAAUGUUCGGUGAAAAUGGUCAACGAAUAUACAUAACUGUGAAUGCAAGUGGACACAAUCCACAUCACUAUCCUUCGUUUCCACCGCAUUUAUCUGGACACAGAAACGGAUCAUUGAGUGGAAUGUUCGGUGAAAAUGGUCAACGAAUAUACAUAACUGUGAAUGCAAGUGGACACAAUCCACAUCACUAUCCUUCGUUUCCACCGCAUUUAUCUGGACACAGAAACGGAUCAUUGAGUGGAAUGUUCGGUGAAAAUGGUCAACGAAUAUACAUAACUGUGAAUGCAAGUGGACACAAUCCACAUCACUAUCCUUCGUUUCCACCGCAUUUAUCUGGACACAGAAACGGAUCAUUGAGUGGAAUGUUCGGUGAAAAUGGUCAACGAAUAUACAUAACUGUGAAUGCAAGUGGACACAAUCCACAUCACUAUCCUUCGUUUCCACCGCAUUUAUCUGGACACAGAAACGGAUCAUUGAGUGGAAUGUUCGGUGAAAAUGGUCAACGAAUAUACAUAACUGUGAAUGCAAGUGGACACAAUCCACAUCACUAUCCUUCGUUUCCACCGCAUUUAUCUGGACACAGAAACGGAUCAUUGAGUGGAAUGUUCGGUGAAAAUGGUCAACGAAUAUACAUAACUGUGAAUGCAAGUGGACACAAUCCACAUCACUAUCCUUCGUUUCCACCGCAUUUAUCUGGACACAGAAACGGAUCAUUGAGUGGAAUGUUCGGUGAAAAUGGUCAACGAAUAUACAUAACUGUGAAUGCAAGUGGACACAAUCCACAUCACUAUCCUUCGUUUCCACCGCAUUUAUCUGGACACAGAAACGGAUCAUUGAGUGGAAUGUUCGGUGAAAAUGGUCAACGAAUAUACAUAACUGUGAAUGCAAGUGGACACAAUCCACAUCACUAUCCUUCGUUUCCACCGCAUUUAUCUGGACACAGAAACGGAUCAUUGAGUGGAAUGUUCGGUGAAAAUGGUCAACGAAUAUACAUAACUGUGAAUGCAAGUGGACACAAUCCACAUCACUAUCCUUCGUUUCCACCGCAUUUAUCUGGACACAGAAACGGAUCAUUGAGUGGAAUGUUCGGUGAAAAUGGUCAACGAAUAUACAUAACUGUGAAUGCAAGUGGACACAAUCCACAUCACUAUCCUUCGUUUCCACCGCAUUUAUCUGGACACAGAAACGGAUCAUUGAGUGGAAUGUUCGGUGAAAAUGGUCAACGAAUAUACAUAACUGUGAAUGCAAGUGGACACAAUCCACAUCACUAUCCUUCGUUUCCACCGCAUUUAUCUGGACACAGAAACGGAUCAUUGAGUGGAAUGUUCGGUGAAAAUGGUCAACGAAUAUACAUAACUGUGAAUGCAAGUGGACACAAUCCACAUCACUAUCCUUCGUUUCCACCGCAUUUAUCUGGACACAGAAAUGGAUCAUUGAGUGGAAUGUUCGGUGAAAAUGGUCAACGAAUAUACAUAACUGUGAAUGCAAGUGGACACAAUCCACAUCACUAUCCUUCGUUUCCACCGCAUUUAUCUGGACACAGAAACAGAACAUUGAGUGGUCUCUGGGGUGAAAGUGAUCACAUUAUAUACAUAACUAUGAAUUCAAGUGUACCAAAUUCAUAUCAACAUCAAUAUUUUCCUACACGAUUAUCUGGACGAAGGUACGGUUCAAUAAGUGGUCUCUCUAGUGAAAAUGGUCAACGAAUAUACAUAACUGUUAAUUCAUAUGGAUCGAGUUCAUGUCACCAUCAAUAUUUUCCUGCACGAUUAUCUGGAGGAAGGUGCGGUUCAAUAAGUGGUCUCUCUAGUGAAUAUGGUCAAGGUAUAUACAUAACUGUUAAUUCAGAUGGAUCGAGUUCAUAUCAUAAUCGAUAUUUUCCUACGCGAUUGUCUGGACGAAGGUACGGUUCAAUAAGUGGUCUCUCUAGUGAAAAUGGUCAAGGUAUAUUCAUAACUGUUAAUUCAUAUGGAUCGAGUUCAUAUCACCAUCAAUAUUUUCCUACACGAUUAUCUGGACGAAGGUACGGUUCAAUAAGUGGUCUCUCUAGUGAAAAUGGUCAAGGUAUAUACAUAACUGUUAAUUCAGAUGGAUCGAGUUCAUAUCAUAAUCGAUAUUUUCCUACACGAUUAUCUGGACGAAGGUACGGUUCAAUAAGUGGUCUCUCUAGUGAAAAUGGUCAACGUAUAUACAUGACUGUGAAUGCAAGUGGACCGAAUUCACAUCAAUAUCCUUUUCUUCCGCCACCAUUAUCUGGACGAAGAAACAGAUCAUUGAGUAGUCUCGUCGGUGAAAAUGGUCAACGUAUAUACAUAGCUGUGAAUGCAAGUGGAUACAAUUCACAUCACCAUCUUUUGUUUCCACCACCAUUAUCUGGACGAAGAAAAGGAUCAUUGAGUGGUCUCUGGGAUGAAAAUGGUCCUGAUAUCUUCAUAACCAUCAACUCAAGUGGACAGAGUUCAAGUAACCAUCGUCAGAGACAAGGCGUUACUCUACCUACACGAUUAUCAGGACGUGGAUACAUGGAAGGUCAAUCAUUCAAGAAAAAGACGAAAAAUGCAACGAAAAAAGCAGAGAAUGCAACUCGAAGAACUAAUAGAGAAAAAGGUGCGUCCAGGAAUAAGAGAAACGAUUUGAACUUGAAGCAAAGCAAUCGAAAUUAUUAUAAGAAGAGACUAACAAACAAGUCAAGUGACAAACGCUAUGAAGAUCUUUCUUACCUUCAAUAUGGUGGCAAAAUCACAAAAUAUGGUAAACGUAGUCGAAAGUAUUCCGACAGAAAUAAAAAUGGAAAUUAAAAACACAAAGUUCAGCGAGUGGAUCUCUUUUCAACGAAUUUACUAUCAAGCUGUACAUUCGUAUAUAUGUGAAAAUGUUUUGUCAAAUUACUAAUUCCGUGAGGAAAUGUGAACACGAAUAACCAAGAUGACGUAAUAGAAGGACUAUACUAGGUUACGUAAUACAAGUAAUAACAAUAGAUCUAGUGAAUAUAAUAAGAUGAUUUAAAUG